AUGGCAACCCACAAGAAAGGAAUCAUGUACGUAUACAAACUCGACACAGGAAAUCACCAACCGGAGCCACACUACCUCGCAACAACUCCGCCGCCAACCACCAUCACAAAGAAAUCCAUUUCCCGGACCUUAGGAUCACUACUAUGGAGAUCCAAAACCUACCGAGAAAAGACCCACCAUCACAAUCCCGACAAAGAAGAUACAAAAGAAAUGGUUCAAGAAUCUUCAAGAAAGUCGGUUCCGGCGAUUGACAGCGGGAUCGGAGAAGGGAGGAAACCAGCGUGGGGAACUGAAGUGGGGAUGGUGGCAGGGCGGAGAUCAGCCGAGAAUAGGGCGGAGAUGGUAAUGGUUAAUGUGGGGGAGUUGGCGGAGUUGUUUCAGGUGAAGGUGUUUGUGACGGACAUGCCGGCGUUCAUGCAAGUCCAUGCAUUCCGGUGUGCCAGAAAAACUUUGGAUAGCUUGGAGAAAUUUGCCCCCAAACAAAUUGCUUUCAACAUGAAAAAGGAUUUUGACAAGGUAUAUGGGCCGGCCUGGCAUUGCAUUGUGGGUUCAAGUUUUGGGUCAUUUGUGACACAUGCAACCGGUUUGUUGAUUGCUUACUAA